AUGUCCUCCCAACCGGCCCCUGUUACUGGUAGCACUUCAUCCUCCGACCUGCCAGUGACUUCUCCCCUCGCCGCCCACCCCGCCCAACCUAUCUCCUCCACCUCCACCACCACCACCGCCACCGAGGGUCAAGAUGCCGAGGGACGCCAGUCCACCGCCGCCGCCCCCCGUUCCUCCGAACUCGCCGGUUGGAAGAUGAAGCUCAAGGCCGCCCUUCGCCACUUCCCCGACUUCCCCAUCAAGGGGAUUGACUUCGUCGACAUCAUGCCCCUCUUCCUCGACCCGUCCGUGCACGAGACCCUCGUCGCCGCCCUCGACCUGCAGAUCAGGGAGCUCUAUUCCGAGAACGCCCCCGACGUCAUCGUCGGCCUGGACGCGCGCGGCUUCCUCUUCGGGCCCGGCCUGGCCCUGCGCCGCGGCGUCAGCUUCGCCCCCGUGCGCAAGAAGGGGAAGCUGCCCGGCCCCUGCGUCACGGCCGAGUAUCAGAAGGAGUACGGCGUCGACCUGUUCCAGAUGCAGAAUGAUGCGAUCAAGCCGGGGCAGAAGGUGUUGAUUGUUGACGAUAUCAUUGCUACGGGUGGCUCCGCCAAGGCCGCUGCCGACCUUGUCAAGCAGUUGGGAGGCGAAAUCAUGGGCUUUCUCUUCAUUCUCGAGAUCCCCGGCCUCAAUGGCCGCGAAAAGCUCGAGAGCAUCCAGACCACCAUUCUUCUCGAAGACGCAUGA